AAAAAAGAUAAAAGUUGUUUAUUUGAUUUUGUGUUUCAUUUGUGGUUACAUAAUAACAUCUCUUUCUGAUUUUAAUUUUUUUUACUCUAUAAAAGAAAGAUGGUGGGUUUCGAAAGGCAGUCUAAAGUUACGUUUACAGAAAAGGAUUAUAUUACAGCUGGAGCUGUAAGUGGUCUUAUAACUCGACAGUUGUUUCAGCCCUUGGAUGUUCUUAAAAUAAGAUUUCAGUUGCAAAUUGAGCCUAUAAGUGGAAGCAGUGUGGUCUCCAAGUAUAAAGGACUGAACCAUGCAUAUAAGUGCAUAUUGAAAGAAGAGGGAAUUCAAGCACUGUGGAAGGGAACUGUUCCUGCACAAUUCUUGUCUGUAACCUAUGGAGCUUUACAAUUUUUAGCUUUUGAACUUCUUACUGAACAAGCAAAAAAUGUACUGCCAGUUAAAGUCUUAACUGAUGCAAAGCCUGCUGUAAAUUUUACAUGUGGUGCUUUAGCAGGAUGUGUUGCCACGGUUGGAAGUUUUCCUUUUGAUGUUGUAAGAACAAGGCUUGUUGGACAAGGUGAACCUAAGACUUAUGGGAGUAUCUAUCAAGCUGUGCAACUUAUGGUGAAAAAUGAGGGCCUCCUGAGCUUUUACAAGGGACUGUCACCAACAUUACUUCAAAUAGCACCGCAAGCGGGUGCUCAAUUUGCUUUUUAUAGAAUUUUCCAAGGAAUGUGGGAUUCUGUAUUUUCAAGAAGCUCAGCUGAGACUACAACUUUCCAAAAUGGAGUGUGUGGUGCUGGGUCAGGUAUGGCAGCAAAGGUUUUAAUUUACCCUUUGGAUUUAAUGAAGAAGAGAUAUCAAAUUCAAGGAUUUGAAGAAGCAAGAAAAUCUUUUGGGGCUGUGAGACACUAUAGAAGUUUAGUGCAUUGUGUGCGUAGUAUAUUUCUCGAGGAAGGAGUUUUUGGUCUGUAUAAAGGAGUUUGGCCAAGUAUUAUCAAAGCAGCGUUUACUACUGGAGGGCACUUCCUAUUUUAUGAAGAAACUCUCAGAGUUCUUGCAUAUUUUUACAGCCAGUAAAGUAACUGAAGUGCCCCUCGAAAUGAAGUGUUUUGCAUUCAAAAAAUGGAAUCUCUUUUUGUGUACCUAUUUUAUUUUUCUUUCAAGAUAGAAAGAAAUCCGAAAAAAUGUCUUUAUAUCGCUUGUUAUUUGUCUUCUUUUUAUUGUUAUCAACUCUAAAUUUCAAUUAUUAUAUAGAAAACAAAACUAUUCUUGGUUAAAAUGUAUUACUAUAGCAAUAUGUCAUGUCCUAAGGAAUAUACUGUCAUGUGCAGGUAAACGGCAGUAUCUACAGAAAUGAGUUUUCGAGAUAUUUGAGGUAUUGUAGAUUGGAUUCCAUGCUAACAAUAGGGAAAUGCUGGAGUUAGGCGGUUUUUUCCCGCUCUUUUUUCAUUGGAAACCAAAUGAGCAAGCUUGAACAAUAAAGCUAACGUACAGUAAACGACAAAAAUGCAAAAAAAAAAAAAAAAAAAAAAAAAAAA